AUGCAGUCUGACCCUUUACCAACAACAUUCACUUGUCUUUUCUGCAAUCAUGAGAAAUCCGUCAGCGUCAAACUGGACAGAAAAGCGGGUGUUGGCCAAUUAGACUGUCGUAUUUGUGGCCAGAAAUUUCAAUGCGCCGUUAACUAUCUCUCUGCAGCUGUCGACGUGUAUGGUGAAUGGGUAGAUGCCGCCGAUGCAGUUGCGAAAGCAGACACGGCAGCGGGUAACUACGGAAGCACGACGGCAAGGGCAUUCAACGCAACUAAAGGUGGUCAAAGUGGCAGAGCUACUCAGGGCGAGGCCGAGGACGAUGCACAUUAUAAAGGCGAUGGAGUCGUUGCGGACGAUGAAGAAUACUGA